AUGGUUACCCCGGGGGAGCCCAGGGCAACCAGGUCGUCUAAGGAGGGACGCACCGGCCCAGUACGCGGCGCGGCAGCAGCUGGUUAUAUUACACCGAACGACCCGAACGAAGCCAAACAUUGCGACUGGCAGCCUGUCUUCCGAAUCCUACCCGGAGUUGGAGGUGAGAAAGCGAGAGACGUUUGGACAGCUGGCUUCUCCAAAGACUUCGGGUCCGACCCCCUGCUCUUCCCUGCUGCCCACUUCAAAAGUCCCCUGGUCGAAGAGUGGGAAACCCUUGGCGUUCAGCUGGUGAAGGUGUCUCUGUACUCGUACAGACAGGGAACCGAAGUGCGCGAGUUGAUCUUUGACGGUAAAGGCAGCGACAAGAUGAACUGGUUCUCCAAGGAGAGACUCAUCUCGUCCCCAUGGACCGACCUGAAAACGGAAACAACCAACAUCUUCUCGAUCCCAGGAGAGGUGAGGAAUCCCAAAGCCCCAAGGAGUUUCUAUAUCAACCGAAACUAUCGCGGCUGUCCCAAAGACGAGGGUUGGCUGGUGGUGGGGGAAGGCGGUACCGUGUGUAACUGGGAGAAACGUGAUCCGCGCCGGCCACACAUCCUGUUCUCACGGAAGUCAACUCACGUCAACUGGACUACAGGCGGUGAUGACGUGGGGAAAGCUGACGUCAUGGUGAUCUCCAUCAAGACAGGCUAGAUGGUCACAUGACCAAAUCACGUGACUAGGACCCCAUACGUCAU